CUCAUCCCACGUCUCAACCUCUGAUUUGUCUCUCUCUCUCUCUCCUCUCAGUCUCUCUGCGCUCUCAGACUCUCUCCGUCCGUGGAUCAUCUCAGGAGUCACAAAACCCACCACCCCCAUCGUCAAUUCGUGGCCAACAUCGUCAAUGGAACAAGAGUGGUACUUGUGCAGACAGACGGGGUCGAAGCUGAGCCAUGCAAAGCUGUUGGACUGAGCAGGUCUCUGUAAUUUACAAUUGAAAUUUGAAGAUUAAGAGGGAGGAGAGAGAGAUCAAAGAAUGAGGAUAGUAGGGCUUACGGGAGGGAUUGGAUCAGGGAAGAGUACAGUGUCCAAUCUUUUCAAAGCUAACGGCAUUCCCGUUGUUGACGCCGAUCUCGUUGCCCGUGACGUUCUAAAGAAAGGCACUGGUGGUUGGAAAAAAGUAGUUGCAGCAUUCGGUCAGGAUAUCUUACAGCCUAAUGGAGAAGUUGAUAGGCCAAAGCUAGGCCAAAUUGUGUUUUCUGAUCCUGAUAAGCGUCAACUUCUCAAUAGGCUGUUGGCACCUUAUAUUUCAUCAGGUAUUUUUUGGGAAGUUUUGAAGCUGUGGAUGAAGGGCUGUAAGGUUAUUGUUCUUGAUAUCCCUUUAUUGUUCGAGGCCAAGAUGGACAAGUGGACAAAACCCAUCAUUGUUGUAUGGGUCGAUCCUGAAACACAGCUUCGGCGACUAAUGGCAAGAGACAGGACAUCAGUGGAAGAGGCUAAAAGCAGGAUAAAUGCUCAGAUGCCAUUAGAUGUGAAAAGGGCUAAGGCAGACAUAAUCAUUGGGGAAGAAUGCCAUUGAUGCUGAUUACACUAGGCCCAUCAACUGCCCAGG